UCCUCGCUGAUGGACAGGAGCAGUGGGGAGGACGGUCUGAAGAUGGUGGCAUUACCGGCUUGUUGGCAGCGUCUUGGUUUUUACUCCCUCUUGGCCGGCUAUUUCUUCCGCUGGUGCGCGGUGGCAGCCGAGAAGGUGGCCUCGGUGGAUGUAUUUCUUAUGGAUUCUCGAACGGGUUGGUCCGCAGAGUUCGGCUUCAAGUCGGGCAGCAGUUACCGGCUGCAGGGCACCGUGUUGGCGCUUGGCAGCGGGUCUGACAGCCCCAGCCAAGGUAACCAGGGGCUGUGCGCCUUUCCAAAACAUAACCAGGACAGCUUAGAAGGAAGCUUAAUAUUAGUUAAAGAUGAACAGUUCGACAUCCGGCCAGAUACUGGAGAGAAAUGGAUUGGUGUUGUGCCUGUUGAUGAAGACCAUGUUGAAGGAAAAGGGAACAACAAGCAGGAAUCAUUUGCUGCAGCUGUUGUUAGUAAGAUGAAAAGAGCACUUGUUCUGGGAGCGUCUGCCCUUUUGAUUCUGGUUUUAAAUCAGAAUGCCUUCACUGAGAUGGACAUUUCCCAAGUGCUUUCUAAACCAGUUGUCAUAAUGCAGAGCUCUGAAAAUGUAACCAAGCUUCUCGGAGCCCUAUUAAGUGGUCUUCGUGCAUCUGCCAAAAUAACUUUUAAAAGCAUAAUUCAAGACAAUCUGGGAGUAACAUUAACACUGUGGUCAACCUGUGGACGCUCACGAGGUGGUCUGUAUGGAGAAUGGCAAGGGGUGAUUUGUACAGGAGAGAACAGCUCACAAGUUCAGAAAUAUCUGCAGCAGUUGUGGAACACCAUCCUAUUAGUGGGUUUAAUCUUGUGUACUGGAGUCAUUGUGCAGGCUCAGUGGCAAUAUAGACACUAUGAACCAAGUACUGAAGAGAUGGAGAUGAGUUUGAAGCAACAAAUCCUGAAGCAAUUAUCAGCACUGAAGACUCGAAAGUAUUAUCCAAAUAAAAGAUGGAAAAUGCAGUUGCAAGAACUUGAGAGCUGUGCUGUGUGUUUGGAAGAGUUCCAUAAAAAUCAGUGUCUACGAGUGCUACCAUGUCUACACGAGUUUCACAGGGAUUGUGUUGAUCCCUGGCUCCUACUUCAACAGACGUGCCCCCUGUGUAAACGGCAUGUCCUAGGUGAUCCAUGUGAGAACAGCUGAAGUUAUUCUUUCUCAUGAACAGAAAACGGGAGACUUCUGCAGCUUGAUUUUAUGUACACCUUGAGACUUUUUAUAUUGCACUUUAUUCGUUACAUUCUGAACGACCAGUUCAAUUUGUGGUAAUCAAGUGAACAUUGAUUUUAACAACCCUGAUGAGAGAAAUCCUGUUAUUGUGUUGGAAUGUUUGAUCUAUUGACUCCCACAAAUAAGUUGUGAAGCAUACUACAUAUAGAUGCAACAUUCAUUUGUUUCUGGAAUACUCAUGUAUAAUGAGAUAAUUAGAUGGACUAUUCAAGUUGAUGAUUAAACCAUUGAAGGUUAACCAUAUUCUUUAUGUAGAUGCUGAAGUAACAGUGCUUUACCCCCUUUUAUUUAUUGAUUAUAUUUAUUCUCCUGAAAUGUUACAUAUAUCUAUUGUGAAAAUGCUGAUAGUUAUUUAGUCUUCAUUUACACUUCCAACAUAUAAGUCAGAGGAGAGGUGCAAAGUCUUUUGUUCUUCACAGUUGAACUCCACUUGGGUGUUAAAACCUUUUCAAGGUUUUGGCAACUUAUGCUGUGCUUUGAGCCAGUUCAUGGUUUAGCUGUUGUGUAUUCCAAACAGUUGAGUCUAAAUUAACCAAUUUCUUAUCUCUAAGUGUAUAUUGCCAUUUGGAUUCUUAUGAAAAUAGCCACAGAUUAUGGAAAAACUUAUAAAUCUUAGCAACCUUGGAAACAUUUACCACCUAAUCAGAAAAACCAUUUUAUCUCUGAUCUUCCUCACUCACACUUGUAUGGCACUUAUAAGCAUCUGAUAAUGUUCCAUCAAUGAGUUUCUACAUUACUCUUAGGAGAGGUGGCUGCAUCACUGUUGGCAAACACAAGCAAUAGUCUCACUGUAGUUUUUUCAGCAAUUAAUGAUGUGAUUUUUGAGGUUUUGAAGCAAUCUGAAUUUCCUUAAAUGUUUCCCAGGAAGGUUUAAAAUUUCAUUAUUUAGUGCAUAUGCUUUGUCUAGAAGAAGUUAAUGAUCCAAUUAUCAAUGUCUGCAUUUUGCAUUAUAAAAUGUCCUUCCAUUGUGAAGAGAGGCUUUGAACAAGGUGACUAUAAUAACAAAACAUUAGAACCUUUUUUUCUUAUUCCAUGAAAAAUACUUGAAUUUAGAAAUCGCCCAAUGCCUUGGAGUGCUAUCUCCCAGUGUGUUGCAAAUUGUUGUUCCUGCCUUUCAUUUCCUUAAUUCUAUCAGUACGCAUCUUUCGACUCUCCAUGUUUUCAAUAUUUUGAACAGCUAAUGUAUAUCAGACCACUAAGAGUACUGUGCAUUUUGGGUAGCUCUAAACAAACAGUCUUGCACAGAAGACCAGAGAAAAUUAUCUAGAAUAAUUCAUAAACUUCACACUCUAGAGUAGAGUGAUUUAAAUUGUUUACAUGAUUUUUAAUGAAACAGAGAGCCUUGAAAGAUUAUGGUUCAAGUAUUUAAAAUGAUUUUGCUAUCCACAAAAGAGCAGUAAAAGUCUAACAAAAGCAUUAAUCAUUUGAAGUUCUCUUGAAAAUUCUAUAAAAUUAAAAGGAUAAGGAUAAAUGCAAAUGAUUAGUGCUAACACUUAAGGUGAAGCUAGUUACUCUCAUGCUAUUUGAUUAUCCUUUUCUUGAAAACAUUUUAUUUCUUCCUUUUAAAAAAAACUGAUCCUGUUUACUUUUAGAUUAAGUCAUAAUGUCUACAGUCAACAGAAUUUGACUUUCUAACUUUCCGCGUGUAAGUAAAUUUAGUUGCUGGGAUAGUCUGGGGUCUUAGCCUGUGGUUCUAUUAUGCAAAUCAGCAGUCUCAACAUUUCAUGAUUUAUCCUUUUAAAGCAUUUCAUACUUUAAUAAACCUUUUGGAUUUUCAUUGAGCUUUGUUUUAAUUAAAAAUCUAUUUUUUUUUACCUUUCUUCAUAGCUGUUUUAUUUGUUUCUGGUAUUGUUCUAGAGUAUUUGCUGCAGCCUUUUCACGUUGCUGAUAUUCCUUCAAUAAGCGAUGCCAAAGCUACAUGUUAUUCCCAAGUUUAAUCCAAAAUUAGGUUUUUCUCCUUGCAUUUACAUUCAUUGGCAUUAUAUAUAAAAACUAGCAGUUGCAGUUCCACUUUUAAUAACCUAUGUAUGUGCAUCUAUACCCUUGAUGAUUGUAUAAACCUGUAUAAGGUCACCGCUCCUAUGCUCCAGUGAGAAAAAUCCAAGCCCAUCCAACCUCUCCUUAUGACUCAAACCCUCCAUCCUUGGCAACAUCCUGGUAAAUCUCUUCUGAACCCUCUCAAUAUAGUCAAUCUGAAAAUGACCAGGUAUUCAAUGUACGUGGAAAUACUAGUAUUUUCUAUAUGGAUUAGUGACUAAACCUUCUGGUGGAUCAGUGAUACACAACCUAUUUUUGAGUGGUUGCCUGGAAUGUAUUGUAUUAAAUAAUUAAGAAUAAGUUCAUUUCCCUGAAAAAUAAAGCCCAGUUAAUUAGGUCCAGAGAACAGAGUGCAACAUUGGUUCUAGGCUUCUAGGUUUGUCAGCUAGGUUCUUCCUUCCUGUUGGGGCACGAGCAUGAAAAAUUAUCAGGAGUCAAGUAGGAGUAAUACUCGACCUUAUUUUCAGACUACCCCUCCAGUCAUCAUUAAUGAAUAAGGCUGACUGGAUUAUCAGUAAUAGUGCCUAGUUUGGUUCAUUAUUUAGUCUUUUCUGGUCUUACUGAGCUUGUUAUUAUGGACCUAACUCAGCCUCAAAGAUAUCUCAAUUAUCCCUUCUGACAUCCAGGUAAAAUAACUAGUCACUAGAUAACUAAGAAAAUGCAUUAUGUAUUAGUGUAUUAUAUAUUUAUUUAUUAGAAUCUCUUCCAAUAUAAAUGCCACAACUUGAAUUUUUAAAUGGUUAUUUUAUUCUUUAUUCUGGUUAACCACAACAUUGUAUAUAAUUUAAUUUAUUUUGCAAUACAUUAUGAUUAAUUAUGUUUCUUAUGUAAACUUUAGACAAGGGCUUUAAGUGAAUCAAGAAAUAGACACCAUUUUCCUUGCUACCAUUUCCUUCAAUAGUGAGUUUAUAAAAUGUGACUGGCAUAAUAGAGUUAUUUUGUAAAUUUAACUAUUGAAGAAAAUGUUUUUGAAAUAUAAAACUUCAUUUUGAAAAGUACAAAUGCCACGUUAUAACUUUGGAGAGGGGGGAAAAUAUGCUGGAACAAAGAGGGAUUUUUGUGGUUAACUAUUGCAAAAUCUUUCUGAAACAUAAGUUAAUGUAGUUGAAUGGAAUUCAUAGUGUUUAAUUGUGAUAUUUUAUUUGUAGCACAUAUUUCAGUAGUCAUAAAUAAAAGCCUGUGCCUGAUUA